ACUGACUUGUAUGGAUUACUGAAUGGUACAUCUAUCGGGGAACUGUGGCCAUUAACGGCUGGUGACGACUCUUUAGCAUCAGGGAUUCUUCACACGCUCAACAAGCUAACAAAGCUUCAUUUGUGUGGUACCUAUACGGGUCGAUGUGAUCUCAGACUGCCUGCUUCAUUGCAGUGUAUUAGUCUGCAUGAAGUCAAAUGUACAUCUGAGUGGUUGUGCAACUUGUUGAUCACGCUGUCUUCAUUUGAUCAUCCUGUAGAGUGUGAGCUGUUGGAUGUUGUAUUGCAGUCGUGUGAAGAAGCCUGUGGAGAUUAUUCGCAUAUAUCAAGCCUUCAAUCGGAAAUAUUGUUACGUAACAUGUCCACUAUAAGUAUAAUUGUAAACACUGGUAGUAUGGAACUAUUUAAAAUAUUACGUUGUACAAGUAUAGGGAUCCUAGACCUAGGAACGGCUGAUUGUGUCUUAUUAGCAUCAGAGAUGCUUCACACGCUCAACAAGCUCACAAAGCUUACUUUGCGUGGUACCUAUACGAGUCGAUGUGAUCUCAGACUGCCUGCUUCGUUGCAGUCUAUUAGUCUCCAUGAAGUCAAAUGUACAUCUGAGUGGCUGUGCAGCUUGUUGAUCACGCUGUCUUCAUUUGAUCAUCCUGUAAAGUGUGAGCUGUUGGAUGUUGUAUUGCAGCCAUGUGAAGAAGCCUGUGGAGAUUAUUCGCAUACAUCAGGCCUGCGAUCGGAAAUAUUGUUACGUAACAUGUCCACUAUAAGUCUUUUUGUAAACACUGGUAGUAUGGAACUGUUUAAAAUAUUACGUUGUAUAAGUAUAGGAAUCCUAGACCUAGGAACGGCUGAUUGUGUCUUAUUAGCAUCAGAGAUGCUUCACACGCUCAACAAGCUCACAAAGCUUACUUUGCGUGGUACCUAUACGGGUCGAUGUGAUCUCAGACUGCCUGCUUCAUUGCAGUCUAUUAGUCUGCAUAAAGUCAAAUGUACAUCUGAGUGGCUGUGCAGCUUGUUGUUCACGCUGUCUUCAUUCAAUCACCCUGUCGAGUUUUGGCUGUUUGAUGUUGUAUUGCAGCCAUGUGAAGAAGCCUGUGGAGAUUAUUCGCAUACAUCAGGCCUGCGAUCGGAAAUAUUGUUACGUAACAUGUCCACUAUAAGUCUUUUUGUAAAAACUGGUAGUAUGGAACUGUUUAAAAUAUUACGUUGUAUAAGUAUAGGGAUCCUAAACCUAGGAACGGCUGAUUGUGUCUUAUUAGCAUCAGAGAUGCUUCACACUUUCAACAAGCUCACACAGCUUUCUUUGCGUGGUACCUUUACGGCUCGAUGUGAUCUCAGACUGCCUGCUUCGUUGCCGUGUAUUAGUCUGCAGGAAGUCAAAUCUUUCUUUGCGUGGUACCUAUACGGGUCGAUGCGAUCUCAGACUGCCUGCUUCGUUGCCGUGUAUUAG